UAUGGAUCGGAAUGCGUUCAGGACAUUCCUCAUAACAUCGGCUUCCUUUCCCACCGAGAAAACUGUACAAGCAACCCAGUGACGUUAUCGAGGGUUGGACGACUCCGAGAUAUCUUUUCAGACAAUGGAAUCGACGCUUACAUUAUCAGCACGGAAGAUGCUCAUUUCCGACACAGAAGUUCACCACAUGACAGUCGUCUGGCAGCAAUAUCUGGGUUUCCGGGCUCUAUUGGUGUAGCCAUUGUAACGAAGACCAGACUAGUCCUGUGGUCUGAUGGACGAGCCUUCCAUGCCGCAAGCGAAAGUUUAGACUGUGAAUGGGAACUCUACAGAAAAGGUGGACCGGGUGUGCCUACAAUGACAACAUGGAUCAAACAAGAACUCAAAGAUUUCGUAAUUGGAGCUUGUCCUGCUUUUCUUUCAUCAGUUUGGUGGAGAAAUUUGGAGAUGAGCUGCUCUACUGCCGGUAUUCAACUAAAGGCUUUCGAAUACGACCUAGUAGAACAGGUUUGGACAGAUAACCGUCCUCCUGAAAACAGCGUCACGAUCAAUGCCUUGCCAACGCAAUUUGCAGGCAAAACCUGGCAGGACAAACUAAAAGACAUGUAUGUAGAAAUGGAGUCGGUUGGAGUUGAUGUUCUCGUUAUUAGUGAUCUAGACGAAUGUCCAUGGCUGUUCAACAUGAGAUCAUUCGAAUUUGGAUUUAGACCUCACUUUUUUGCAUAUGCCGUAAUCGACAGACGAUACAAUAAUGCCAGGUUAUAUCUGCGUGAUCAUGUCUCGAUACUUACUCGGAAACCUUCGGAUCCUCAUGUCAACAUAACGAUCAUGGAACAUCUAAAUACGGAUGUGAACGGAAAGUGUAAACCACAAAUUGAAGAUAAAGACGAUGCCGAUUCUGGUGCCUGUGCAGCGAUAGACGACGGAGUGAAAUCCUGUUCAGCAGUUACUAAUACAUGUCUUUCAGUACGAGAGUACAAUUUACAGGACGUACUUGAAGACAUCCGACAUGCAUCGUCGGAGCCCAACACAAGGAAAGUUUGGGUGUCAAUCUAUUGUAAUCACGCCGUGUACUCUGCUGUUCCCAAGUCGAAAAUAUACCAAGAUUUGACACCUGUAGCCAUGGCUAAGGCCUUGCGAAAUCCGGUUGAAGUGAAAGGAAUGAUCGACUCCAAUUUGGUCGAUUCAGCUGCAGCGAUCAGAUUUUUUGCAAAACUGGAAAAAGAGAUAAAGCAAGGAAAAGAUUGGACAGUCUUUCAAGCAUUUCACGACAUCUCUAAUUAUAGAAAAGAAAGUCCUUACUUCCGCUCUCCGGCCUUUAGAACCUUGACCGGAAGCGGUCCAUCUGCAGCCCAUUUGUACAAUCUGCCAACUCGUGAGAGGUCUCGUCGGAUUACGACCUCAGAAAUAUUUAUGCAGGAUACCGGCGGACAGUACCUAAAUACUGGCACCACUGAUCUCACCAGGUCUUUCCAUUAUGGUAUGCCAACUGAAACAGAGAAGGAAAUCUACACCAGAGUUUUAAUGGCACUUGUGGAUAUAUCUAAAAUCGUAUGGCCUAAGGGAAGAACAGGUCACGAUAUAGAUGCCGUUGCUAGGCAGUAUCUUUGGGAAAUCGGAUUAGACUUCUCUCACGAGAGUGGGCAUUCAAUAGGGGCAUAUGGAGGUGUGACAGAAGGUCCUGCAAAAAUAUCCUCUACAAUGUCAACAUUUCUUUCGGAUGUUCCUCUUCACGCCUCUAUCUUUACGCCAGAUGAAAAUAAAUAUGAUUUUCCUGAUCCAUCCAAUGUACCGUUGGAGGAAAACAUGUUCCUAACUUGUGAGCCGGGUUUUUACCAAGUUGGUAAGAUCGGAAUUAGAUUAGAGAAUGUCAAUAGAGUGAAGCUUGUACGCGGUUUGAAGUUUCAGAACUCAACCUACUGUCAGUUUCUAGGAUUUGAACCGUUAACUCUGAUUCCUUUCGAACCUAAUCUAAUUUUAUACGACAUGCUGAGUUUACCUCAGAUACAAUGGAUAAAUGCUUAUCAUCAAACGGUACUAGAGAGAGUUACUCCUAUCUUGAAAGAAUUCAAAGAUGAAGAUGCUAUCACUUGGCUUCAAGAAAGGACAAAGCCAAUAAAAAGAGGAUCAUGA